ACUGAGAGAGGGGCCUGGCGGCCGUGCGGGAGCCAUGGCGGCCACGGAGGCGGCGGCGGCUGGGUCCGCGGCCCCGGCCCCGGGUGUUCCGGCCCUGCCGGCGAGCCCGCGGGGAGCCGCCGCCGCCUCGGGGUCGUGGGGGCCGUCGGAGCCGCGGCUUCAAGGCAGCCGACCGCGACCGGCCAGGGCUCGGGCCGCGGUCCCGGUGCCACCCGCCCGGGAGCUGAUCCAGCCGUCUGUGAGCGAGCUGUCCCGAGCUGUACGCACCAAUAUUCUGUGCACUGUGCGCGGCUGCGGCAAGAUACUGCCUAACAGUCCUGCGCUCAACAUGCACCUAGUCAAGAGCCACCGACUGCAGGAUGGCAUAGUAAAUCCAACAAUAAGAAAAGAUUUGAAAACUGUCCCGAAAUUCUAUUGUUGUCCAAUCAAAGGAUGUCCUCGAGGCCCUGACAGACCAUUUUCUCAAUUUUCUUUGGUUAAACAGCACUUUAUGAAAAUGCAUGCAGAAAAGAAGCACAAAUGCAGUAAAUGCAGUAAUUCCUACGGCACUGAGUGGGACCUGAAACGGCAUGAGGAGGAUUGCGGCAAGACCUUCCAGUGUACCUGUGGCUGUCCAUACGCCAGCAGAACCGCACUGCAGUCUCACAUCUACCGAACUGGCCAUGAGAUCCCUGCAGAACACAGAGACCCACCUGGUAGAAAAAGAAAAAUGGAAAGCUACCUGCAAAGCCAGAAGUUGUCCAGCACAACCAUUGAACCAUUGAGCGACCAGCCAGCCCCUCGCCAAGACAUUCAUGAACUGGAAGCGUCAGAAGUAAAGCUAGCUGCAUCAUUUGAAGACUCUUGCAGUACUCAUGCCAAAAAGCAGAGCAUCACAGCACCUCCCAGGUGCCCCCAGAAGUUGCUUUUACCGAAGCCUAAGGUGGCUCUGGUUAAACUUCCAGUCAUGCAGUUUUCCCCUGUGCCUGUCUUUGUGCCUACAGCUGACCCCUCGGCCCAGCCUGUGGUGUUAGGUGUGGAUCGAGGUUCUGCAGCAGGUACUGUGCACUUAGUCCCCUUGUCAGUAGGAACCCUGGUCCUCAGCCUGGAUUCCCAGGCCUGCUCUCUGAAGGAGAGCCUACCUCUAUCGAAGAUUAUCAGUCCUAUUGUUGAGCCAGUCAGUACAGGUGUUCAGGUGAACUUGGGGAAAAGUCCUUGUGGUCCUUUACAAGAACUCGGAAAUUCAUGUCAGAAGAAUAGCAUCUCCUCAAUAAACGUGCAGACGGAUCUGUCCUACACGUCCCCCAACUUGAUACCUUCUGCUCAGUGGCUCGGCCCCGAUUCCUCUGUGUCAUCGUGUUCUCAGACUGACCUGUCGUUUGAUUCUCAAGUGUCCCUUCCCGUUAGUGUCCACACCCAGACAUUGGUGCCCAGCUCAAAGGUCACUUCAUCCAUAGCUGCUCAGACUGAUGCAUUUAUAGAUGCCUGUUUCCAGCCAGGUGGGAUCUCCAGAGAAACCCAAACCAGCAGGAUACGAGACCCCACAGAUGACCCUGUGCAGGUGGGCCACACUGGCCUGUGUGGGGACAUUUUUGUCCAUUCAUCGUAUAGUGUUCCCACGGACAACAUCAUGAGUAGUAGUUUAGUUUCAGAGACAGUAACUCAUGGUUUGUUACCUCAGAAUGACCCUAAGCUAUUAAGCCAAGUCAUUGAAAAGCCUGCACCCUUGUUACACUUCGGUGCCCAGAACAGCAUGCUUCCCUCACAGAACAUGACAGAUAAUCAGACCCAAACCAUAGAUCUACUGAGUGACUUAGAAAACAUUCUAUCAAGCAAUCUGCCUGGUCAAGCGCUGGACAACCGGAGUCUUCUGUCGGAUGCAAAUCCUGGGCAUGAGGGCCCGCUCCCAUCAGGCUCAGGCCAGAAUUCUGGGAUUGAUUUUGAUAUUGAAGAAUUCCUCUCAGCCUCAAAUAUCCAGACUCAGACUGAAGAGAGUGAACUCAGCGGCAUGAGCACUGAGCCCACCUUGGAGUCCCUGGACAUUGAGACCCAGACUGACUUCUUCCUCACAGACCCCUCCACACAGCCCUAUGGGUUCAGAGGAAGUUCAAGCUUCUUAGGCCUGGAGAUGUUUGACACCCAGACACAGACAGACUUAAACUUCUUCUUAGACAGUGGUCCUCACCUGCCUCUGGGCAGCAUCCUGAAGCACUCCAGCUUCUCCAUGAGCACUGACUCUUCUGACACAGAGACCCAAACUGAAGGCACCUCCCCAUCUCGACACACACCGGCUCUGGAGAGCAAGGUCCAGCUGAACAGCACAGAAACACAGACCAUGAGCUCUGGCUUUGAGCCCCUGGGGAACUUGUUCUUCACCACCAACGAGACUCAGACAGCAAUGGGGGACUUCCUUCUAGCUGAUUUGGCUUGGAACACAAUGGAGUCCCAGUUCAGCUCUGUGGAAACCCAGACGUGCUCGGAGCUGCACGCUGUCUCCAGUUUCUGAAGCUGUAGCCAGGCUCCCCUCUCCUUGCAGGUUUAGAAAAUGGGAACAAGGACAGCCACACCGACUGGGGAUGUAGUUGGUGGGGCAGCUGUUUAGAUUCUCUGCAGUUCUUAACAUUUUGUACGUGUGAACACAAGAUUGGUGUACAAAUGUGAGCGUAUUAUAAAGUGUAAGGUGUUGAUCUAAAAAGCUUCAGUGUUGUCUACGUUUGCUCCUGUAUAGCUUUUCUUUCCAUCUUAAAAAAAAAAAGCCUUUCACACUGUAAAACUUAAACCAUUUAACUGAAGCCAAGCCUACCAGCUAGUAGGGUGCAAGCUUUGCAACUGCUUUAACCUGAGUAUAGCGCACUUAAAUGGCACCUCCACGUAAACAUCACCUCCAACGUUGGACAGUGCUCGUGUGGCCACCGACUGCUGUGCUGCCAGUCCCUGGCCUUGUCAUGUCCCUCUGACUUGGAAACACUAAAGGAAGCCACUGUGUCUUUAGCUUUUAUGACAGUUUUUACAUAGUCACUGCUGUCCCUGCUUGUCCCUUGCUAUUGUUGAUCAAGAAGAUCUCUGUGACCAGAUUUGUGGGAUUGCCACACGCCAACAGCCAGCCAGCCGUGAGUACACAGUGACUAGAGGAUAGUCAGCUUCUUUCGGGCCCAGAGCCCCAGAGCUCCUAACGAUCUAUAAUUGGGGUUCCUGUGACUCCCCAUUCUUGGGCUCAGUUAAUUUACUAGAGAGGCUUACAGAACUCAGGGAUACAGUCAAUUGCAAAGGAUAGAGUGGAUGAGAAAGGGGCAUAGGACCUCCAUGCCCUCUCUAGGCACAAAACUCACCAAGAAUCUGCAUAUGUAGCCUUGCAGAAACCCUCCAAACCCAGUCUUCUGGGGUUAAUGGCUACUUUGUUGUGUGGGUGGAGUUGCUUAAGUCAUUGCCAUUAGUGAUGAACUUAACCUUGAGUGCCACCCUCCUCGCUGAGUUGGGAGAGAGGGAUGAUGCUGAAAAUAUCCCCACCUUCCAAUCACUAAUAAUGCCUGGGUCUCUCCUGUGACUUGUCCCCAUCCUAAUGCUACCUGGAGGCUACCAGCUGUCAGUGGCCUCAUAGCAAGCAAAAACAAAACAUUUCUUCUAAAUAUUUAAGGGUUGGGGGGGUGUUGUGUGGACAUACAACACUUGAUAUCAUUACACCCACAAACUCCCCAUUCCACAGUAGACCCUGGGGGCUACCCAGCUGCUCCCUGUAAUGUACUCGAGUUAAAAAGGAAAAAGGGGGGUGAGGAACAGACAUUCCUGCCAAGCCCCCUUUCAGUACUUUGCACUUCUAAUCUGAUAGGAGGAGCAUGACCUACAAAGUCUUUCCUUCCAUCCACCCCCAGCUUUUUCUUGAAGGAAGCACUUUGGUCUGGCAAGCAUAUUUGUGUACUUUGAGACUAGCAAUUGUAGACUAGACCCAUUUAAAGUAUGCUAGUCUAGAUUCUGUUAUGAUACAUUCUUAAGGAGAAAAAGCUGUAGACCAUUGACUUCAAUAAUCGGGAGUGACUUCUGCAUUUUGAGAGAACAUGACCAAAUAAGCCUUGGGGACUCUGUGUCAAGUAGAUCAUGGAUUCAUAGUUGUUUCCCAACUCUCAGACAAACCAGAAUGAGCACAGCCUGGGGAACCAUCCAGUCUACCCUGGGAAGCCCUGUUCUGUGGUAUAUGCUUGUGCUGCCAAAAGUGAACCCUUAAAGCCUAAAGGACUGAUGAUUCAUUAGGUAAAUUGGUACUGCUAUUGUUGUAUCCCAUUCACCCCAUGCAAAGGACUCGGUAAUGGGCUAAUAACACAUCCAGUAGAUGAGUUCACCCCAGUAGCUAAACAGUGGUUUUGGUCACAGUUGCCUGUGAAUGUGAGUUUCAGAACAGACAUAAAGCCUUAACUUAAAUUUUCUGUUGCUAUGUUUUGGAAUCGUCACUGCCUUAAUGUUCAAGCAUCUAUUUAAGUCCUCCAACUGAAGGAGAAAUGCAUGUCUGCUCGUGGCUUUUUGUAAAUAUAAGUGCAGCGAUCUAUGGCUUCAAGUUUUUCUUUCUGUGGCAAUGUCUCUUAAUAGUGACAGAAAAAAAUGGAGCAUGUAAUUGUCCUUUGUGUGCAAGAACUGUCCCAGCAAACAAACCCUUAGUCCUGGAUUCCUAAGGGUAUUUGUCAACACAAAGUUAGUGAUUAAAGAGAAACUACAAGUCUA